AGUUGGAGAGAAAAGGUGCAGGGCGCAUUGAAGCAGUUCUUGGUGGGGUCUGCGUAAAGGGACACUGUUUUUUGGUGGGCUGUGGUGUGGAUAUACGAGUAACGACUUUUUGUUUGGGGUGGAAAUGGGAGGUAUGCACUAUAUUUUUGUGCUGGUAUGCACGUUUUUCGUUUCACAAGGCGAUGGACGCAAAACAUACAGGGACAUGUUCGAUCAUAAGCACUCGGUGUCAGUCAAGUUCCCUCCGAUCCCGGGGUGGGACCCGGACACCAACCCCUGGGACGAUUACCUCUACCCGCCUUUCGGUCCCAAGGAAUUAACGCACGGAAAGGGUAAACCAGUCAAAGUCCGUCUCACCAGCGACAGCCCAGCAAUAAACGGCUCGUGUAUCUCCUUCACCGCUAAGCUGGAGUAUCCCAAGUGCCAGAAGGAGGAUGCCAACGGGUACCUCGUGUGGGACGAACACUGUGAAGACGGUAUGGAGGCCUCAGCUAAUGGUCAAGUGCGUUCUGGCUUUGUGUACAACUGGACCUCCUGGCUGGAUGAUUAUGGUUUUGGGAAGUGCACCGACCUAAAGAAAUGUAACGUGUUCCCUGAUGGCAAACCCUUCCCCCAGAGCAACGACUGGAGACACAAGGGUUAUGUUUACGUGUGGCACACUAUGGGCCAGUACUUAGAGACUUGCGAUGGCUCCUCCUCCAGCCUAACCCUCAACACCACCAACAUCACUAUGGGGGCUGGGAUGAUGGAGGUGAUGGUGUACAGGAAACGAGAGCGUAGAAAGUACAGCCCCCUCUCCACCGACAACACAGUCUUUUUUGUGACAGAUAAGAUCCCUCUGGCAGUCAACAUAUCCCAGAAGGCUGCUGCCAACCUCUCCGAGAGUGUGUUUGUGCGUGGUGAGGAAGUGGUGUUCAACGUCCAGGUCCACGACCCCAGCGAGUAUCUCAAGACCGCGGCCGCCGUCGACUACAUUUGGGACUUCAAGGACGGAAACCAACUGGUGACCCAUAGCAACGUGGCCACGCACGCCUACAGCACGCUGGGCGACGUCAACGUGAAGCUCACGGUCGAGGCGGCCUUUCGCAUAGAAUGCCCUCAAGCCCCGCCCACGCCGAUGAGCGUCACGUCCCCCCAAACUACAGUGGCUCAGACUCCUCCCCCCGGCACUCAUGCCAUCACCAGCAGGAUGGAGACUACUCAUGUGCCAGUCACCACAGCAAGGCCCCUCCCCACGACCCUUUCCGGUGCUGUGACAACAGGAUUCCCCACCACGGAACCCCUCCCCCCUACGGUUGCUGAGGUGACCCCGGGGUUCAACCCCACACCCAUGGCCCUGCUUAGGCACACACACCUGGCAGACAGAGAGUGUUUCCGCUAUCUCUAUGGAACCUUCCAGAGUGACAUCACCAUCAUUGAACCCAAGCAAACAGUCCACAACCAGCCAUCCAAUCGGAUUGUGGAUGUAUCUGCCGCCAAGGUGACGAACACUGACAUCAGCUUCCUGGUAAAGUGUUUGGGCAGCACCCCUACCUCGGCCUGCACCAUCGUGUCUGACCCCACCUGUCGCCAGGUGCGAAACAUCGUGUGUGACGACGUGCCCCCUUCGUCAGGCUGCGAGGUGCGCCUGAGGAGGACCUUCAUGGAGCCAGGCACCUACUGCGUCAACAUCACCCUGGAGGAUGCCACCAGCCUGGCCCUCGCCAGCACCACCAUCACCAUCGGCAGCUCCGACAUCCCUGCACCUGAGAGUCCCCGUGCAGUGGAGGUGGUCCUCUCCUCCAGUGCCUUCCUGGUGGCCAUCUUUGCCUUCAUCGCCUUUGUGGUCUACAAGCGCUACAAGGUAUACAGGCCCGUAAGGAGGUCUCUGGUGGAGGACGCCAGUGGCUGCGUUGGGGUCGGAGGUCGCAUGGGCAAGCUGAGGGACACGCUCUUCCCUUCGAAUGAGGAGAGCCGUCACCUGUUGACGGAGAGGCGCCCCGUGUAGGAUCUGCUGAUACAAAUCAGGGCUUGUUUUCCUACAAGUCUACAUGUUAAGCACACGUAAAUAAUCAAGCAACCUUGUGUCUAGAGCAAGAGUGAAAAAGGUUGCUUCAGUUCACUUCCACACUGAAAUAUAAAGUACUAAUACCUUUUAUUUUGGGUCUUGAAAGUAAGCAAGUUUGAGUUUAUUCCAAAUGGAAGAUAGAGGGUUCUGUGCGAGUUAAGUUUGCAGAUGCUUUUGAGGGGUGAGACAGAUUCUAUUCCAUUUCAUCUCCUGCACACCUUCACUUUGUCCACUUGACAAGGUUGCUGCAAUAGUUAGAUACUAAGAGGUCUUCAUGCUGUGCUUUAUGAUCUACAAGAUGAUAUACCCAUAUAA